AUGGCGGACACAGAGACGAACGGCAGCCAAAAUUCUGCCUCUUUGCUCUCACAAGUCACGGACGGCGCAUACAUCAACUUCACCCGCAACCUCGAAGCGCAAGCGGCUGAGGAGGACAGCAACCCCACAUCAGCAUCGCAGGAGACGCUCUCCGAAGAUGAGAUUGCAGUUGGUCUUGCUGCUUUGAAUGCCUUCCUUCAAGCGAAUGUGACAGGGCCAGUUCUGGAGCAGGUUGAGAAGGUCGAGACGCUUUUCAUUGAGGCGUCCACGGGGCAACUCUCCGAGGCAGCAGACAACCUCAAGGCGCUUCGCAAGAGAAGUUUCAAGGCGCUUGAUGUCGAUGGCGUCUCGCCAUACCCUUAUAUCCCCAAUAUCGAACUCUUCGCUCUUGCGCGCCAUAUCUUUACAGAGUCCUCAUCGGCCAGCGAUGCCGUCAUCAAGCUCUCCUCCUCGCGGCUGAGUCUGCCAUGGACCCGCCUGCGCAUCAACGUGUGGCACUUCAAGCUCCUCAACCAGCCCUCUCUCGGCCCCGGCUCCAACUUUGCCAAGUCUUCUCAGUGGAUCGACGUCCCAACGCUGGCAGAGCAGAUCAACCUCGGAAUGGAGACUGUCAGGAAGCAGAUCCUCGACGAGGAAUUGUGGUCAACUAGCGAGGACACUUGGUCCCGCGACGAUAAGGUGCAGUUCUUGCUGGAAGCGGCGAAUACGCACAUCAUGCUCGGCCGCGACGACAGAGCGCGCGAGGCGUUGAAGGAAGCGACGGAGUUGAGCAAGUUUGCGUAUGCUCUCUCUGGUGCGCUCGGAAAAAGGACCAAGUUCCAGGAGAAGAGCACCAGUCAGCUUGUCGUUCUCGCCAAGAGCGACACACCGGCGAAGAGCUCGGAGGAUGGCGACGCGGAGGCGAAGCCUGAGGCUGUGGCGCUGAACGACGAUACACUGCUCGAGGAGAUUCAGUUCUCCAAGGAGGCGAGCGGCAAGCAUGGUGAACUGGCGGCCACGUCCUCUGGCCUUCCUGAGGCGUUGGCGGACCUGUCUCCGGACGCACAGCCCCAGCUGUCGCCGCUUGACCAAAUCAUCCUGCUGACCGAGGCGACUCUCAAGGACACAUUUUCUCCCGUCGACACACUGACAUCGGAGGAGGUUCUGCCAUAUGCUGUGCGCGUCGUCUCGGACAAGGCCACCAACUGGCAGAUUUACACACAGGCGUUGCUAGUCCGCUCCCGUAUCGAAAUUCACCGCAGCAGGACCGUCGAGAGAGGUGUCUUGCAAAUGCAGGCUGUCGUCGACCAAGUCGUCGUCGACACAUCCGAGGCCCCACGACCCAAGGCUGAAGAUGUCGCCGACGAGCCCGAGGUCCCAGCCAUCGCCGUCACUGCCCCCGGCGAAACCGCAGCCUCCGUCGACACGGAGAAGCCGACGUCCUUCUUCCCUGCCGCCAAGGAGACCGAUACGGCCCCGGCGCACGUCCGUCUGCAAUACAUCCACGCGCUCUCCUCACCGCCGAAAUGGCACCUCGAGUCAGAGCUCGCUUACUCCUGGGCCGGCGUUGGCUCCCUCGUCUCCGCCCUCGAGAUCUUCAAGCGUCUACGCCUCUGGGCUGAAGUCGCCCUCUGCCUCGCGAGCAGCGCCUCCUCGGACGAUGAGUCCGGGCGCGGCAGCGGUGGCGAGGAGAAGGCCAAGGCACUCGUCCGCUGGCGCCUGUUCCAUCGCACGGGGCAGCCCGUCGUGGAGAACGCGGAUCCGGAUGCUGAGGACCUCGGGCGCGACGUCACGUACCUCAAUCCUACCGACUUCACCGGCCCCGAACGCAGCCCGCCCCCGCCCAACGCGCCGCGGUUGUUCUGCAUCCUCGGCGAUUUGGAGAAUGAGCCGGCACACUGGGAGCGCGCGUGGGAGAUUUCCAAGCACCGCUUCGCGCGCGCGCAGAAGUCGCUCGGUGAAUGGUACCUCGCGCAGAAGGAGUGGAGCAAGGCGCAGGAUGCGUACAAGCUUGCGACCAAGUGCAACCGGCUGAGUCCUGAGCUGUGGGGACGGUUGGGUGAUAUUAGCCUCCGUCUGGGACAGUUCCCGGACGCGGCGGAGGCGUACAGCCGCGCCAUCGGUGCAGCGGGUGACGUUGUCGGCGGCGAGGAUGCGAGGACAUGGAGUAACCUCGGCAGUUCCCUCUGGAGCAUGUACCUCGAGGCGGUGGAGGAGAUGAAGAAGCAGAUCAUUGAGGAGAAGAAGACCGGGGUCAAGGAGGAAGAGACCAAGGACGAGGACGAGGAUGGCGAGGAACCCAAGCAGCGCGAGCUCAAGCCCCGCGACCCGGCAACCCUCCUUUCCCAGUCCCUGGCGGCGUACAAGCGCGGCGCAUCGAUAGCGCAGGAUAACUGGCGCAUUUGGGACAACGUCCUCACCCUAGCCUCGCGUAUGCGCCCGCCCGCCAUCGUCGACAUGGUGCAGGCCCUCCGCGCCAUCAUCCGGAUCCGCAACACCGAGGACGCGCUCGACGACGACGUCCUCCGCGCUCUGCUGCAGGAGGGUGUCCUAACAAAGGAGAAGGAGAACGACGAGAGCAAAACGGGGGUGUACAACCCGCCGCGCGGCACCGUCGAGAAGGCCGUCAUCGCGCUGUUCGAGGAGAGCGUCGUGCCCCUCAUCACAAAGCGCUCGGAGCUGUGGGAACUGGUGGUUAGGCUGCGGGUGUGGAGGAGGGACUAUGCCGGCGCCGUGGAUGCGGCGGAGAAGGCAUGGAGGGCGGCGAUGGGCGCUGGCGCGGGCGGCGGGUUGACGGCGUCCGCGGCGGGGUCAGGGGGUGCAGAUCAGAGCCGCAACUGGCUUGUUGAUGCGGACGCGUGGAAGGCCGUUGUUGCGAGGACGGAUGAGCUUGUGAGUGUGUUGGAGAACUUUGGCAGCGAGGUUGAGAGCGUGGGCAGUAAGUGGAGGGGCAAGGCGAGGAACGCGGUGAGGAGCGUGAUGAGUCGCGGAAAGGAGGCGUGGGAGGACACGGAGGAAUGGAAGCAGUUGGAGGGAAUGAUGGAGGGGUUGAAGUUGUAA